UGACGUCAAGGCGAAGGUGGCCCGCACGUUUUCUGAUCUACUCGAGUAAAAGGCAUAUUUUACCGCUAGAAAAUGGUUCUAGCAUUUCGUCGCCGGAGUGGUUUUCUCGCCGUCUUUAUUCUUGCCGGAAUUUCUGCGAUUGAAUCUCAACAAUCUGGAAUUGCGCCUGAUUUAAGGAAAUCUUCUCCUCCAAGGGUCGUGAAACCAGUAGGACAAGAGGAGGUGAAACUGGUGUGCAAUGUGAAAUACGCUAAAAACUACACUUGGUAUAAGAAUCAUAAAAAGAUUCAUCAGCCGGCUGAUCGAUAUGUUGUGAAAACUCCGCGGUAUUUGCGAAUAACGGACGUUCUUAAAUCGGACAGUGGAACGUUUGUUUGUAUUGCUUCCAACAAAUAUGGAACAGUAAAUUGCACAAUAAGGCUGAAUGUUGAAGAUCCAACGGUUUCAUCUACAAAUGUCUCAGGAGCUGUGAAGCCCCACUUUCUGUAUCCAGACAAAAUGGCGGAGGCAAAAUCAGAAUAUACGGAGGGAGAAAAAUUCCAACUACUAUGUGACGCCAAAGGAACACCAACUCCGACGGUCACGUGGUACAGGGGUAAAGAAAUAUAUCGUGGUCACAGAUCUGACGAAACGAUAACACCAGGGCAUUAUCACUAUAAUAUACAUUUUAACGGGGUGGAUGUCGCAGACGGAGGAAAUUACACGUGCGUUGUGAAAAACUCAUUUGGUACUUUGACUCAUUCGUACGUCUUUGACGUGAAGGAGCAUAUUCGAAGUCUUCCUCAGAUCCUAUCUAUUUGGGGACAGAAAAAACCUGAAUAUGCUGGAACCGAUUUGCAGAUGCGCGCCAUUGUCCUUUCCAAGAAUAUCAAUACGAAAUUCUUUUGGUAUUUCAGCAAACGCUUUGUUCCAGAUGAAACCAAUCUAGGCACUUUAAUAAACCAAACUUUGUUUGAAAGUCGUCUGGAGACGCCGCCUCCGCCUAGCAGUGUAUCGUGGCUAAAAUGGAAGGUAGUCCUGAAUUUGAAAAAUCUUUCUGUGGCUGAUUCGGGUUCAUAUUGGUGCCAGGCUGAAAAUAUCCUUGGAACUGUUCAACGUCAGACUUCGCUUAAAGUGACUACAAGGCCCAUUACACCAUCUCCUUCAGGUUCUACUGUUAGCCUGACAUCCAUCAGUUUUGAAAGUGAAGCAGUUACGCAGACGUCAAUGGGUUGGACUGAUAGAAUAAGGUACCCGGUGGCUGUAAUCGCAGUUCCAGUGGGCGUGGUCGUCCUCUUGAUCAUAGCUUCCGGUCUCUUUUAUUGGCAGGUGAAGAAAGGCCGAGCGAGCUCGUCCGCGACGAUGAAAAGCCGACACAACAUCGGUUCACUUCAAGCGAAGUACGUAGUCCAGUCAAAUGAGUACGUAAUAGUGCCAGACCUAAAAGGACUUGGGAAUGAUUUUGGCACCAACUGAUUGUAGAUAAAAAGCCUCAUAAAAGAGGAACUCAAAAGUAAAGUUAAAAGAGAAAAAAGACCGAGGGGGUAAAAACAACAGCAAGACAUCUAAAAUUGCCCGACACGAAGAGCAGUUAUCACUUUGUUACAUCUAUUUGGAAAUCGCAAAAUACAGUCGCUCAAAUAUAGAUUAUUUCAGUCUCUACAAAUAUUUUAUUGAUUCAGUGAUGAGCUGGUUUGGAAAAAGUUGUAAAAGCUGUCUUUAAUUUUCCUUGCGAUUUGAUGGAUUUCUUUAAAUAAGCCUUGAAUAAUUGAUGUGUUUUAAUAAAGUUGUCUCAUUGGCAUGGAAAAAGAUGCGAUUUAGAACAUAAAGUGGUGCGAUUCGUGGAUAAAUCGCACGAUGAGAGCCUGUCAGAUUGCAAGGAUCACAACUGAUUUCAAAAUGGAUGUAACAAACAUAGUAAAUUAACCAUGAGCAGAAUUUCAGUUUAGCAGAAUAAAUGAAUAAAACUGCAUACCCUCAAAGAAACACAAAAGGGUUUGUCAGGCUUUGUUCAAAUUCAAUUCUUCAGUUCAGUUUCGAUUAGUUUUUUUCUACAACCGUCGAAGGGAAAGGAUCAACGUUUUAGUUGUUAGAACCAGUUUCCUUACCGAAGGGACCGCUCUUUUCUGCAGCAUGUUUGGUCUCGUCACGCAACGAUGGACGGCUUCAAGGAGAUGUUAGUAGGAAACGGUUCUCACACCUUAAGUGUUUUUUCUUUGACUUAUUUCCUCGUGCGUUUCAAUUUCAUCCAUAGUUAAAAUGUUAUUUUUGAUUGAUUUUGGUUGAAAUAAAGUACCUUGUGGGUUUGAAACAAGAAA